UGUUUUACCAAAUUGCUAUGGUAAUUACAAAGCCUUCUAAGACACAAUUUAACUAACCCGACAACUAUUUGUGACCGUCCAUGGUUACAAGUAGAAAACUGGACCAAUACUCAAAGCGAUAUGUCUCGACGAGAAUCUUCAAGGACAAGAUCACUUGACGAAUAUGCAUGGAUUGGCUCUGCCUCUAACGCCACCACACAACCUCUGUUUCUCUCACCUCUGCUCCAGAUCUCUGGCUCACCCUUGGCUUCUCUCUUUGCAAAACCAACCUAAACCUUCGAUACGGAUACCUAGAUUCUGGAAUUACAAGCAGAAAACGAGGACUACAAGGAUUACCCCUUUGAGAGCGAGUCUCAGAGAGUCUCCUUAUGAGGUUUUGGGAUUGUCUCCCUCCGCAACUCUUGAUGAAAUCAAAAGGGCUUAUCGUAAACUUGCUCUGAAGAAUCACCCUGAUGUCAAUAAGGAGGCAAAUGCGCAGGAGAAAUUUAUGAGGAUUAAACAUGCAUACAAUACAUUACUGAAUUCUCAAUCUCGGAGGAAAUAUGACACUAGAAAUGACGGAUCUGAUUAUUCCUAUUCUCGCGCUCAAACAAGCCAAAGUAGGAAAACACACGAUGAAGAAGAGUUCUAUGGUUUUGAGGACUUCUUUAGAGAUCUUCAAGAAGAAUUCCAGAAUUGGGAAGCAAGCGCUGCUUCGCAAGGAAAGCCGAAGAGCCUAUGGGAAGAAUUGGCGGAAAUUGGAGAAGAAUUUGUGGAAUUUCUUGAGAAAGAACUCAACAUAACUGAUCAAGAGGCUGAAGUAUAUGAUGGAACUCAGACAGGCAGUUCUUUUAGAACAUCUGGGACACAGAGAACAGGAAGUGGCGGUGACGAUAAAGCAAGCGAAGGGAGCAACAUUGAGAAGAAUAUUGAUGAUAUAGAAGCUACUCUUGCUCAGUUGAAAAAGGAAUUGGGUUUAUAGAGGGGAAAUGAAUAUUUCCAGUGAUACUGAUGGUAUAGAAUCUAGUCUUGUUGAGAUGAAAAGGAAAUUGGGUUUAUAGGAGGGAAGUGCAGCUUUAAAGGUGAAGAUCAAGUUUGUUGCUAUUUUAAACGUGUCGUGUUUUGGCUGUAAGGUCUAGCGAAUGAGAACUUCAAUUACAAUUGUCUUGAGAUAUGGUA